UCUAUACUACAGUAAAGGUGGCUGCAUACAAUUUAUAGUACAAGUAACACUAAAUGACUUUGUUGUAAAAACAAAAUAUACCAUGCACUGUAUUGCUUUAAGGCAAAUGUCUGUAAGCAUUGCUGGAAUGACCGCAAUUCAACACCAGAUCCCCCACAUGCAAAAAACAAAUUAUUUAAAGUGGCAGUACUGACCUGGGCUGGGUUUAAAUGACACAGAAAAGAUGAAAGGUUGCAGUAAAUGCUGUUGCUUUGUCCAGAGCGUCGCUUAUUUAAAGUUAAACUUCCCGAUGUCUUGCUGCUGUCUGCAUACAGCAAAGCUUUCAUGAAAGUUUUAUUCACCUGUCGUUUGAUGAGUCAGGGUAUUGUUUUCAUUGCAUACAUUUGAGCUGAUCCAGGGGAUUGAAUACAGUGUAGACAGUAUGGUUAGAAAGUCUGCCGAAAUAAAUAAGAAAUGUGUUUCUGCUAUCUGAUAUUUCUGUUUUGCAAACCACUGUAUUGUUAUAAAACAUAAUGGUAAAAUAGACACCGACUACUCCCUCCCUCUAUAUACACACAAACACUGACCUACAUCAGAAACAAUAUAAACGUGGCACGGAUAACGUUUCAGGGCUGUUGAAGACUUUGAGUAGUUGUUUGUCAGGGUUCCAGCGAAGCCACACGGUUUUUGUAACACAGACUUGCCAGAACUGUACAGUAUGUGUAAUUGUAUGCAGUUGUAGCUAUGAACAGAUUCUAUCCUGAACAGAUGCUAUCAUCCCCAACCUGAGUGGAGUGACGCAAUCUAAAAAUAAAACCAGCUUUUAAGUGGGAACCCUGUGUACGAGUCCUAUUACAGACAGGUAGAUCCUGGGAAUACGGGCAGAGUGGGUCCGACAGAAGCUGCUCUGUUUCUAAAAAAAUCGGGGCUGUCAGAUGGCACUUUGGGAAAGAUCUGGGAUAUGGCAGACCCAGAAGGAAAGGGCUACCUUGAUAAACAGGGCUUUUAUGUUGCUUUACGACUGGUCGCAUGUGCGCAGAGUGGCCACGAUGUAAGCCUAACCAGCUUAAAUCUCACAGUCCCACCACCAAAAUUUCACGAUACUAGCAGUCCCUUGUUAAUUGCAGGUCCUCCAACAGUGGAUUCGCACUGGGCUGUAAGGCCGGAAGAGAAGGGAAAGUUUGAUGGUAUUUUUGAAAGUCUCUUGCCGAUUAAUGGUCUCCUGUCUGGGGAUAAGGUGAAACCAGUACUAAUGAACUCAAAACUACCUCUUGAUGUGUUAGGCAGGGUUUGGGACCUUAGUGACAUCGAUAAAGAUGGACACUUGGACAGAGAUGAGUUUGCUGUGGCAAUGCACCUGGUCUAUAGAGCUCUUGAGAAGGAGCCCGUCCCAUCUGUUCUAACCCCUUCACUCAUACCCCCCUCGAAGAGGAAGAAAACGGCAGCUGCUCUUCCAGGCUCUGUCCAAGUACUGCCAGGUGCAGUCCCAGUUCUUCCUGCAAGCCCUCCACCGAGAGAUAGUCUACGUUCCACACCAUCCCACGGCAGCAUGAACAGCCUGAACAGUGCAGGGAGUUUGUCACCAAAACACUCGUUGAAGUCUGCACAGCAAUCCGCAAACUGGGUAGUGCCAGCAGGUGACAGAGGAAGAUACGAUGACUUUUUUCUCAAAACAGAUGUCGACUUGGAUGGUUUUGUCAGUGGCCAUGAAGUCAAAGACAUCUUUAUGCACUCCGGACUUCCUCAGAGCAUCUUAGCACAUAUAUGGUCCUUGGCUGACACGCGGCAAAUGGGGAAGCUGACGAGAGAGCAGUUCUCUUUAGCCAUGCACCUCAUUCAGCAGAAAGUCAGUAAAGGGACUGACCCUCCUCAGGUCUUGACUCCAGACAUGAUCCCACCCUCUGAGAGAACUACCCCGGGCUCUAGUCAGUCAGGGUAUAUGACUCCUGUAGGAUCGGAAAUCGCAGCACUAACAGAAAUGCGCCGUGACAGUGCAAGCUCUGUUGGCUCAGGAGAGUUCACUGGGAUUAAAGAACUGGAUGAUAUUAGCCAGGAAAUUGCACAGCUACAGAGGGAGAAGUAUGUCUUGGAUCAAGACAUCCGAGAAAAGGAGGAAUCAAUCAGACAAAAAACCAGUGAGGUUCAGGAAUUGCAAAAUGAUUUAGACCGGGAAACAAGCAGUUUGCAAGAACUUGAAGCUCAAAAGCAAGAUGCUCAAGAUCGCCUGGAGGAGAUGGACCAGCAGAAAGCGAAGCUCGAAGACAUGCUGAACGACGUGAGGCAGAAGUGCCACGAGGAAUCUCAGAUGAUUUCGUCACUGCAAAUGCAGAUUCAUUCUCAGGAGUCAGAUUUGCAGUCUCAGGAAGAGGAGCUGAGCCGGGCGAAAGCUGAAUUGAACCGCCUGCAGCAGGAGGAGACGCAGCUGGAGCAGAGCAUCCAGGCUGGCAAAGUGCAGCUCGAGACCAUCAUCAAAUCCCUGCAGUCAACGCAGGAUGAGAUUAACCAGGCCAGGAGUAAGCUCUCCCAACUCCAGGAUAACCAACAAGAGAUGUGUAAAAACAUUGAGCAGUACAACAAUGCACUGAAUGGGACUCACGGGGGGAGCAUGACUAACCUUGCUGACAUGAGUGAAGGAGUUCCUGAGAGAGACAAUGGAGGCUUUGGAGCAGUGGAGGAUCCCUUCAAGGCAAACACGCCAGUGUUCAAUAACAACGUCCAGGAGCUGCGCACAGACCCAUUCCAGUCCGAGGACCCAUUCAAGACCGAUCCAUUUAAAGGUGCAGAUCCCUUUAAAGGCAGUGACCCAUUUCACAAUGAUCCUUUUGCAAAGCAGCCACCAACUAUAGCAGAUCCUUUUGGUGGGGACCCUUUUAAAGAGAAUGAUCCGUUCAAGACUUCCCCGACAGAGGAUUUCUUUAGAAAACCGCCCAAGGCCGACCCGUUCGCGUCACCGGAUCCUUUCAGUAAAAGUGCAACGCUUCCCUCAAAGUCUACUCCAUUUGCCAGCAGUGAUCCUUUUGCACCUACAAACACACCACCAAAAGGACCAGAUCCGUUUGGAACGCUAGACCCGUUUGGUAGUAGUGCCUUUGGAAGCAGUAGUGGGUUUGCUGACUUCAGUCAAAUGUCAAAGAGUCAGACGUCUCAUGCAGACCCCUUUGCUUCCUCAUUUGGUGGCCAGGAAUUCUCUGAAGAUCCUUUCAGGGGCAAGACUGACAUGCCAGCCCUGCCACCCAAGAAAAAUGUACCUCCCAGGCCUAAACCACCCAGCGUUUUUUACAGAACAGUAGACUGUAAAAGUACUCCAGUAAACCUGCCUGGGUCAGGAGAUUCCUCCAAGUCCAGCGACCCUUUCCAGCCCUUUGGCGCUGAAGACAGCGACCCAUUUCAAAAUAAAAAGGGGUUUGGAGACCCAUUUAGCGGCAAAGAUCCUUUUGCUCCUUCCUCCUCAAGUAAAGCUUCUAAAGACUCUGCCUUGGGUUUUGCAGACUUCAGUUCUCUUGGAAAUGAGGCCCAGCAGCUGGCGUGGGCGAAGCGGGAGAGCGAGCGUGCGGAGCAGGACCGGUUAGAGAGGCUGCGCAGACAGGAACAGGAGGACCUGGCGCUCGCCAUCGCUCUCAGCAAGGCAGAGAUGUCAAACGCAUGAGCCGCUCGGAGCCAACGCAUCAACCUGCAAAGAGAGAGAAAAAACUCUUUAAUAUGAACGAUAUCGGACUCUCUCUGUGUGUGUGUGUCAAGAGUUGAAUAACAAUUCCUAAGUGAGCUGAAGUCUAAAAAAAAAAAAGAUUUUGGUUGAUUUUAUUGUGUUUAGGGAGGGUGGUUGGGUGGGCUUGGGAAUGAAGUGAUGCUCUGUAAAUGCACUGUAUAAACCUGUAUCAUAGACAUUUAAGGCCAAUUUAUUUAAAAGAUAUAGAAACUCAAGUAACAUAAACUGGAAGGCAGGGGUUUGGGUUUUGGGGGUGGGGGGCUUCUCAAAAUAGAUCGGUGUAAGGAACAAGGUCAGGAUUGAAAGUGCUUUUGGUUAAAUUGUUUAAAAGUCUGUUAUCUGUAAGUUGACAGCAGAAAAUCUAAAGUAGUUUCCUUGACAGAUUACAAAAAAAGAAUUUUUAAAAAAAAACUGGAAAGUGAUUCACAUAAUUUGCAAAACAAAAAAAUACUGGCAUAUCUAUUUAUUUUACAUUAUUAAUAUUUAAUUAAUAGUGUGUUGUUUUUUUUGUUUUUUGUUUUUUAAUGCUUUACACUCCCAAGGAUUUGACUGGUUUUCUUAAGAGAUCCGAACUUUAUCUUUUUAUUUGAUUGGGGGCACUGAACAAUGUCUUUUAACUCUCUGUAAUACGAGGGUCAGUAAGCACAGGCUGCAGCUGAGUUCUUGAACAUUAUUUUGUAUCGGACUGUUUCUGAUUAACUCAGAUAUUUGGCCAAAUACUGUGUACCAACCAGGCAAGUAGCUCCUGUUGUUAUUUUCUAGAUGCUGUUCCAUUAAAAAAAAUAAUAAUAAUAAAAUAAAGGAAAUCGAUGGCAAAUAAGGGAAGUUUGAGCUACAAGACAUGUUUUAUGUACAUGAGUUAAUUUGACAAGGAACAACUAAGGCUUACCUACUCCAAAACAAAAAAACAACCUGUUCAGAAACCGACGUCUACCUUGUUACUGUGUGGUGUUCUCCAGCAGUGUCCAGUAUAUGUACCAUAAGCUGAAGGGUUCUUGAUAAUUCAUUGUCAUGGUUGUAUCGGUUCAGUUUUUAUUGAACUGCAACGCUAAAGAAUAGCUGUGAAGUAGCAAGUUGCUGCCCCUGUGAGGUCUUGAUAAUUUUAAGAUGUAUUUUUAAUUUUUUUUUUUUUUUUAUGGUUGGUUUUUAGUAGUAUCGUCCUUGUUAGGAUUGCUGUACCUCAAUACCCUGUGCUUCAUAGCAACAAUAUUUUAAGCUGUUCAUUGACAUAUCAAGUUUCAGAAUUAGUCAGAUUCUGAGAGUGACAUCUGAUGCCCUUGAAUUAUUAUAAAAGUUUCUCAUGGUUUAAGUUCAUGCUAAUGUACUGUAUAUAUCGUCUGUUGACUUUCUAAUCUUUGUGGUGUUUUAAUCACAAUCCUCCUGUAAGCACCCCUAAGGUUUUGUGCACUUUCCUACAUAAACUGGACACUGUCUUGGAUACAUAAAAGGUGUUUCGGUGGUAUUUUAGGAGACUCGUUUUCAGUCUUGUGUUUCGGUAACUUUGCAAAAGGUGUAGCAGUUUGGAUUUCAGUUGUUGCCAACCCCAGUGCCCAAGAUUUUAAUUAAUAUGAAUAUUAAUUUGAGUCAUUAUUUUUUUUCUUUCCAUAGUGCAGUCCUUUCUUGCUUUUAGUGUUUACUGCCGAAUGCAGUAUUUUGUAAAAGUAACAAACGCACAUUCCAUUUUGUAACAAAUGUGCAUUACCUUAAACAACAUUUAUUCUAACUGCCAAAAACAGGGUGUCUACCAGACUCUGACAGCACUUGUUGUUUUAAAUGAUCUGACUUUACGGGGAUUUGGCAGCGUAUGAAAUCUAAAGCCUAAAGCAUUCCCAAAUAUCCUGUUUCACCUGCCUUGGUCUUAUUUUAUGUAUAGAGAAAGGGAGUACGAGAAAAAUAUAAAUAAAUGUUGGAAAAUCCAAGCUGUGUUACUGAAAUGCAUUAAAGGUGUUUGCGGAUUGUGUACAUUAUGUUAGUUAUAUUUGUCCUAAAAAAUCUUGGUGUAACUUAAAACAUUUAAAAAGGAGAUGAAGGCUGGAAUUCCAGCCCACUGUACAUGGUUAUCAUUUUAAUAUAAUAAAAAUAAGGUAACAUUCCA